CAUUUGUUCGUCGCACUUCGGCAGUUGUCGGCGAACCGGCCCAGUGAGCAGGUGUGUCCGCGCGCGACGAAAUAAUACCAUGACAAAUGUCAAAUGAAAUGAUUUCGAAAAAAAAAUAGUGACAUGUGCUCGGUCGUAACCUAAACAUUAACAGAAAUACCUUAAUUUUAGUGUUCUUAUGUGCUAUUAUACAGAAAUUACAUGUUUUUGAGUCCCUGAUUUCGUGUAGCGAAAUUUAUAGUCCCGGUUCUGUUCGUGAUCGUGUUUUCGCUAGCUGCUCAUAAAACAUUCCAGGUGACUUGGGACGCCUGUUUAUUAAUGAUGAUGGGAAUUAGAAGCAGAGUUACUUGGAUAGUGUUGUGUUUUCCAUAGGUUAAUUACGCAUCUGGUAUUAUUCAUAAUCACGAUGGACCGCGUGAGUGGCGUGUGUAGGUUCGGAGGAGUGGUAUCAGCGGUUCGAACUAGAACUGGCAGAAGUAGACGGCGUCUUGGAGCGCAGAAUCACUUGGCAGAAGAUAUCCCUGAACCGCCACGUCGAGGACUAGGAGCCAUCUUAGUGCUAGCCUGCAUACUGGUCUACCACAACUGCCUAUAUUGUGGUUUCGUCUUUGACGACAUCAGUGCUAUAAAGGAGAACAGAGACUUGAGGCCACAAACGCCUUUAACGAAUAUUUUCCUGAAUGACUUUUGGGGAACUCCAAUUCACAAGGAGCAGUCCCACAAAUCAUACCGUCCUCUGACGGUGCUGACCUUUCGAUGGAACUACGCAGUCCACGGUUUGCAACCAGCUGGCUACCACCUCGUCAACCUGCUGCUGCACGCCUUGGUCUCCCUGCUUUAUUACAGGGUGUGCGCGAUGUUCCUCCCAGAGUUCGCAAGUUUCGUGGCAUCCAUAUUAUUCGCCGUUCAUCCUAUACACACGGAGGCGGUAACAGGAGUGGUGGGGAGAGCGGAGAUGUUGUCGUCUCUGUUCUUCCUCGGCGCUCUGCUGUGCUAUGCAAGAGCUGCUAGCAGGAGACGAUACACAGACUGGCGGUACGUGGCGGCGUGUACGGCGUGCGUGGGGGUCGCCAUGUUGUGCAAGGAGCAAGGAAUCACUGUCACAGGGGUUUGCGUUGUGUACGAGCUCUUUGUAGCUCAAAAGCGUCGUAGCUCCGGCGGCGGCAGUCGCUGGUCGUGGGUAGACGCGUGGGGUAAAGGCUCUGGUUGGGGAUGCGCGUGCGGCGAGGCGGCGCGCCGUGUGGCGACCGUGUGCUGCGCGACCUUGGCUCUACUCGCAGCCAGACUUCACGUAAUGGGCGCUCAGCUACCUGUGUUCACGAGGUUCGACAACCCUGCCGGUGCUGCGCAUCCUCCUGCGAGACAUUUGACGUUCGCGUACCUGCCAGCGCUAAACGCUUGGUUGCUGACGUUACCUGAAGCACUGUGCUGUGAUUGGACUAUGGGUACAGUGGCGCUGCUGCGGUCCUGGCGAGACCCCCGCAAUCUCGCCACCCUCGCCUUAGCGACCACGCUCAUAGCUGCUGCAGUCCAUGCCUUAAGGACUCGCUCGUCAGCACUAUCCAUGGGCCUUGCACUCCUAGUCUUGCCUUUCCUCCCGGCAUCGAACCUCUUCUUUCCCGUGGGGUUCGUGGUAGCCGAACGCGUCUUGUACAUGCCCUCCAUGGGCUGGUGUCUGUUGGUCGCUCACGGCUGGAGGUUACUGGCCAAGAAACGCGCAAAACUCGCCGCUGCUGCGCUCAUAUUCCUGAUCCUCGCGUUCAGUGCGAAGACCUACGUAAGGAAUUGGGACUGGAAGACUGAAUACUCUAUCUUUGCUUCUGGAUUGAAGGUAAACCGCAACAACGCAAAACUAUACAAUAACGUUGGGCACGCCUUAGAAGCCGAGGGCAAAUACGCCGAAGCGCUAGAUUUCUUCAACACGGCCGUGGGAGUCCAACCCGACGACGUCGGAGCCCACAUCAACGUCGGCAGAACCUACAACCAUCUAGGACGAUACCAGGAAGCUGAAGACGCUUAUGUGAAAGCAAAAUCGCUCCUACCAAAGGCUAAACCUGGAGAAUCCUACCAGGCCAGAAUCGCCCCAAAUCAUCUGAAUGUUUUCUUGAAUCUUGCCAAUCUAAUCUCCAAAAAUGCCACGAGGUUAGAGGAAGCAGAUAUGCUGUAUAGACAAGCUAUAAGCAUGAGGGCAGAUUAUACACAAGCGUAUAUUAAUAGGGGUGAUAUAUUGAUAAAGUUGAACAGAACUAAAGAAGCGCAGGAAGUGUAUGAGCGAGCUCUGUUGUAUGAUAGUGGUAAUCCGGAUAUUUACUACAAUCUGGGCGUGGUCCUCCUGGAGCAAGGCAAGGCGUCGCAAGCGUUAGCUUACCUGGACAAGGCUUUAGAGCUGGAGCCCGAACACGAGCAAGCGUUGCUGAACUCCGCGAUCCUGCUGCAGGAGCUGGGCGCCGCUGAUCUGCGGCAUCUGGCCAGGCAGCGGCUGCUGAAGCUGCUGGACAAAGACGGUACAAACGAGCGGGUGCACUUCAACCUCGGCAUGGUCUGCAUGGACGAGGGCGACGCGGAGUGCGCCGAGCGCUGGUUCCGCGCCGCCGUCCAUUUGAAGCCAGACUUCAGAUCUGCUCUCUUCAACUUGGCCUUACUCCUCGCUGACCGCCGGAGACCGUUGGAAGCGGCUCCGUUUUUGAAGCAACUUGUCAAGCAUCAUCCGGACCAUGUGAAAGCAUUGGUGCUAUUGGGAGACAUCUACAUCAACUCUGUCAAAGAUCUGGAUGCUGCUGAGAGUUGUUACCGGCGCAUCUUGGAGCUGGAGCCGGACAACGUGCAAGCGCUCCACAACCUGUGCGUGGUGGCCGUGGAGCGCGGCAAGCUGGCCGCGGCGGAGGAGUGCCUGUCACGCGCCGCCGCGCUCGCGCCGCACGAGCGCUACAUCCAGCGGCACCUCGCCGUCGUGCGCGCGCGCCGCGCCUCUCCCGCGCCCGCCUCCGCCUCCGCCUCCGCCUCCGCGCCCGCGCCCGCGCCCGCCGAGGUCCGCGCCCGGUGGAACUACAUCCCCCAACAACCGCCCGACCCCCACGAGGUCGACGACUCAUAGCGUAAAAUCAACAUGUAAAUAUUAACGAACACCAAUCAAAUUCGGCCAAUGUAAUCGGUUUCCAAAUUCUUUGAUCAGGGUACUCUUCUAUUGUUUCCAUUUUGCUUUCAAAUUCUAUUUUUGCCAUCAUUACGCCAUUGAUCUCCGAGUUAAUUUGCGUACGGCGUUUCGUGAUAUUAUUACACCAUAAUUGUAACAUUGUGUAUGCCAUAAUUAUGUCUAAUAGGUAUGUUAUUGUGUAGAAUAUGUUGAAACGAGCUUUCAUCAUUAUUAGCCUGGUAUACGGACUACGGAUAAAGAUCUGUUUUAAUGUAAAUUGGGAAUAGUUUUAUAGGAAUGUAUAAACUGUUUCCUAAACUAUGUAUGUCUAGUCACCAUUGUGAAAUUUCGAUCAAAUUUAAGUUGUGUUUUGUUUACGAUAGGUAGAAGACAUUGCAUUGUUAUAAUAAAACCUGUGCUUCUAGGCGUCGGGAAUAGCAUAGCCAUGCCCGCGCAUCGGCCACCCCCUACUAAAUAAAAGAUAAUAAUAACUACAUAAUUGCAUAGUUAAGUUGAAACAUCUUGAAUGGAUAAAAACUGAAGGAGUCGGAUUGGUAAGAGCGAUUGACUGAGUCUUUAGUCCAUUGUAUUGCAAGUGAACAUAUUGUAUUCUAAUUGUAAAGUAAGGUAAUAAUUAUCCAUUUAUUUUAAAAUUCGUUCUAGUCUCUUAGUGAACAUUUUUGUAAUGUAACCAACUUAUAAGUACUUGGAUUAUGUGUUUAGGAACUUUUGUAAUUCAAACAUUUGCCAGUAAAUGCAUUUUUAGUAAUAAUAUUUUUUUGUGUGUAGGAAAUUCAGCAAACUUAUCUGACUUGUAUCUAUGAAUUUCUUGACAUCCCCAAUACGGAUGACCUAAAACAAAAAAAAAAUAUUAUUUUCGUAAAUGCUAAUGUUAUAUUGUAAAAAUAAAUGAAAGUGAUUGACCGUUAUUAGAUAUAGAUGUGAAAAAUGUAAUGUUGUUAAUGUUUUAAGAUAAAAAAAGUAACUUUUGUAAAAACUGAAUUUUUUACAAUGUCUUGAAACAUACCUGGCGAUGACUCUGGCUGGAGUUGGUAAAUUCGUAAGGACCCCGAAUAUUAUAACUAUUUGUCGUCAAAACGUUUAUUUUUAUAAAAUAAAAACGAUGUUUCAAAC